AUAGUUUACUCAUGGCCAUGAGAACUCAGUUACGUACUAUAGCUGAUAUUCAUUUGUUGAAAAUGGAGGCGUGAUGGAGGUGCAGUUGUCGCAAGACUAGGUUUUUCAAGUUUGCGGUUGUGAAGAUUUACUCGUAACUGUUCAGCAUGGCUGGUAACAAGGUGAAUACCAAAACAAAAGGUAAAGAAGAUAGAAGUAAGACUAAUUCAAAAACAAUAGUCCAAACUACUGAAGAGGCAGAAGAUACAGACUUUGCUUUGCUUAGAAAACCUAUUCAAACUAGCAUUACAGGGUUUGGCCAAGCAAGGAAAAUAUUUGACUUGGCUACUGAAGAACUCAAAGACUUAUUAUCAAAUGAGUGUGAUUUACUAUAUGAAUGCAAAGUCUGUAGAAAUAUAUUUAGAAGCUUAGCAAAUUUCAUAUCUCAUAAACGUGUGUAUUGCAAGGAGAAGUUCAACUCUGGCAUUCAUAGCCACUUUAUCAAUGCUACUUCAACGAUUACAGAACUUAUGAAAAUAAAACACUUGGAGCAAGGUUAUCAGGAUUCUCUAAAGGAAGCUAUUGAAAAUGAAAAUAAAGAACCUGAUGAGGUUGAUGACCGGGUACCAUUAACAAAGGAUUUGACAGCAAUUGUAGAAAAAAUUGCUAAAAAUAAAGGUGUCUAUGAAAAUAAUGACCAGGAUCAACAAAUUGAAUUACAUAAGAUACCUAACAGUUCUGUAGCCGUGUUCCAAAAUGUUCAGUCAUGUGAAGACAAGCAGAAGGAAAACAUGAAAGUACAGGUGAAUGAAUUGGACAACAUUCUAUCAAGAGAUAUAGCUGUAUUACAAAGUGAUGGCAAUUUCAAAAUAAAGAGUUCUGUUACUGAGGAAGUUGAUAAUGUCAUUCAAAUAAGUGAUGAUGAUGACAAUAGUGAUAACACUAAUGUACUCAAAUGUAAAAUAUGUGACAUGCAGUUCUCAACUCAAAAGACAUUGAAAUUCCACAUGAAAUACAAACAUGUUGAAAGUCGUUUGGUAUAUCCAUGUCCUGAUUGCUUGGAGAUAUUUUCCACUUCUUGGAGUGUAUACAGGCAUCUCUUCAAAGUACACAGAAAAACUGCAGCUCAAAUCAGGAGACUGAGGGAAUCAAUUCAAGCGAAAGCUUUUAAAAUGAACAAUCCUCCCGCCUUCUAUGAGAAACGUAAGAAUAACAUGAAGUCUGCUGCUGCUCAGAAAAUUACUGAGGAAGAAAGAUUGGAACAAGAAAAUCAGGCGUGGAUGGACAACAUGGAGGGUGACGGCGAGCUGCCCCGCUGCGGCGGCUGCGGACGCGCGUUCGAGCGGCGCGCGGCGCUGGCGGCGCACACGCACACGUGCCAGCCGCGCUCCCGCGCCCUCUCGCGGAGGCCGCAAGAAACUAAAAAGAUCGAAAUUCAAAUCCGCAAAGACUACCACAAAGGCCCACCUGCCAACAUUCCUAAUAUGAACUUGCCUGCCAAAACUACUGAUGCUAAUGAAAACAAACUUCCCAAAGAAGAUCCGCCAAUGUUGUCUAAAGCAAGCAAAGAAGAAGAAAAGGAAAUUGUGGAAGAAAGCAAAGAUGACGGCGAUGAUGAAGAGGAUAAAGAUGGAGACGAUGAUGCCGCCAUGGAUGUUAGUGACGAUGAACAAAAGUCCAACGAUGCAACUGAUUCACCAGAAAAAGAACCUGAAAUAAAUAAAAUAGAAGCACCUAAACUUAAUAUAAGAUUACCAUUUGCACAUCAAGCAGAAAAAAGUAACCUUGCAGCUUAUAAGCAGAGAAUCCAAUCGGAAGUAGACAUGAACAAACUGAUCUGUAAGAGAUGUGAUGGCCAAUUUAGUGAAAUACAAGAAUUAUAUGAUCACGUAGCCGAUCACAUUAAAUGGAUGCGUUAUGCUUGCAAAUUGUGUAACUAUAAACAUUAUUAUUUCGAAAAGCUACCAGAGCAUGUCAAAGUCGUGCAUAAGCUGAAAGGUGAUAAAGACUUCUAUUUUAGUACCUUAAAAGCUAUUGAUGGUACUGAAGCAUUAGAACUGUGUGAGUCUGUGGAUGAAUUGCCAGAAGCUAAUGAAACUAGUCCUGAUUCUAGGCGGCCUAGUCGAUGCUCCAGUGAUUCGAGUCGAUUAUCAGAUGACAGUUCUUCAAGUAGUACCCGGUUAGAAGGAGUAAGUAGAAAACGAAAAAUUUAUCAGACUAAAACUGGUGCAAAACGAAGAAAAGAAUUUGCGAUUAAAGCUAAUCAAGACAAAGAUGGCGAUAUAAAUCUUGAUAAAAAUAUAAAUCUCGUGGAAAACUACACUUCGUCAAAUAUCAAGAACUUUGAAGAAAACUCCUCAGACAUGGAUGAUAUUGAUGGCAAAAGACAAUUACCAAAUGACAAUGCGCCGUCUGUGGCAUCUAGAAGACCAGUAAGAAGGAAAGCAAAACCUAAAAAUGCAGAUUUUGAAUAUGAUUUGUCAAACUUAUUAAAGAUGGAGGCACAGGGAUAUAGAGAUUCUUUAACGAUGGCGGUUGCGAAAUCGGGUCAAACCAAGAAAAAGGUUCAGCAAGAAAUUCAAACAAAUUAUGAUAAUGCUAACAGAGAUUGCUGUGGCGCUCUAGUCACGAUGUCAAAGAAAUCUGUUGAGAAAGCUGGAGCACACAUGAAAACUGAUUUCUCUAACAUUUAUCCUCAAAAAGAGGCAAGACCUCCAAAUAUAUUUGUGAGACCUAUGUUGCCUAAGAUUAUUUCUAGGGGUGAUAAAAUUUCUCCUAAAAAAGACAAUAACGAGGAUCCAAAAGAGAGUGCUAGUCCUGUGAAAGAAGUCAUUCCUAAGAAAGCCCCUGUUGAAGAAACUAGUACAAAUGACGUUAACCCCGUUAUUGAAGUAAAUGAAAAGACUGUUUCACCUAAAGAACAAACCAGUUCAAAAAGUAAAUUGAAUGAAAUAAUAAAACCAAAAAGCCUUCCUGCCGUAGUCCCAAUUAAAUUUCGUCGUCAAAGUUUAGAAGUUAUGAAAAAUCCCAUAAUAAAUAAAAAUAUCACAGAUUUUACAAAAUCUGGUUUGAAGACUAAAAUAUUAGUAAUCAAGCCAAUCAAUAGAAAUAAGGACGGAACACAAACGUUAAACACACCUCUUAAAUUUCAAACAAUCAAAUUAAAGGAUCCAAAUAAAAGAAGCUCCAAAGACGAUCAGGAUCAAGUUGUAGUUGUAAAAGUUCCCAAAGUUGACUGUGCUAUAGCUAGACCAAUCACUGAAGGAUCUAAUAAAAAUAAUGAAGUACUAACUUCAGCGUCUUCCGAAACACCAAUUGAAUCCUCAACAGUAAAUGAUGGUGAUAAUGUAAAAAAAUCUGCUGAGGUUGAUGAUGACGUUAUUAUAGAACCGCCUAAACUCGACGCAAGCACUGAACCCACCGAUGCUGAUGAGAGUGCUUCGACUGAUAAUGAGGAUGUCAAAAUUGUAAAUGAUGAAUCAAGUACCGUUGACGAUGGUGCUAUUAUACACGACGACAGUAUUGAAGAAUGUGUUACUCACAAUAGCACAUCAGAAAUUGUUAAUACAACCGUUUAAGUAUGGUUGUGAGAAAUUAUUGAAACAUUUAUUUUUGUUCUUGCUUCGAAGCACAUUUCGUUUUAACCAUUAGUACCUAUUACAAUAUGCUUUAGGUAGAAUAACAAAUUACAUUACUAUAAGGAA